AGCAAAAAAAUGCAUGAAGCUUUGCCUAAAAGAUUUGGAAAGUACGCUUGGGAUGCUGUUAUUGCCGCUAUUUCUGUCCCUGACAUUAAGUUGCGAUUUGUGAAAGCUCUUUUAGAAACAGCUAAAACGCAAACAGAAGAGGAAGUUAAAAAAAUGUUCAACACUUGUGUGGUCAAGUAUGGAAAAGUAGCCUGUGCCAAAACUCGUAUUCUACCUCAACCACCUCAAAAAACAUUGUUUGACUUCGGGGAUGAAAGUAAUGAUAUUAGCAUACAAUGUGGUUCCACUGACUCGGAAAAUUAUCUUCAAGAAACGCUCUUAUACCUGGCCGAACGAGAAGAAACCACAAGUUGCCUAAAUAAAUAUCAGGCUAUUAACCCGGCGAGCUACAAUUAUGUAAUAACCCAAGAACUGAUUGGGAAGGAAAAAUAA